AUGUGCAGCCGCGAGAAGGACGUACCUGCGCUUGCUAGCGACGCGAAGGGUGUGGCAGAUCGCCGUCCGGCCGCGCUUGCGCCGUCGGCGGCCCCAUCUGGCCCCCCACUUAUGACGACCAGUGCUAUGGCUAUGGAUUUGGUGGACACAGCUCCGGAAACUUUGAAGACAGCGCUGUCUGUUCCGCUCCCCGAUUCUGAAGAUGAGAGCUCCACCGCCCCUCAGCCACGCGGACGAAGUGGGAAACAGAAGAGGAGGGCAACAGCCGCGACGUCCGCUGUUCGCAGCUCGCCGAUCGAGAAGAGGGCCAAGCAAGAUUUCGCCCCUGACGCUGAUGGUUUUGUCCCGGCCCGGCGCACUGCAAGACGCAUGCAGUCAUCGACGACGCUUCCAACUGCCGUCGCCAAUUCAUUCGACGCGCUCGCUGACGCGCCGGACCAACUGCCGCGCGAUCCUGCGCCAAAGAAAGACUCCCAUCUCCCGCCGGUGGUCCUCCAUUUUCGGCCUCCCUAUGGGGAACUGCAGAAGUUGUUGCGAAGUGCGUGCCCCCGUCCGCCCACUGAGAAGCCAACUUGUGCACUCUGUGGCGGUGCUCACGUGCCCAGCUAUCGUGGGUGUGAGGUGUGGAAGCGUGCCAUCGCUCGCCAACGUGGCCAAACACCAGCGCCACAUCCGAAGAAGCCAGCAACGAGACGGCCCGGCGUCUCUUUCGCGGCGGCGUCAGGGGGCGCCCUCACCGUCCCGGCUGCGUCGGCUGCUCCUGCUCCUGCCGCGUCGGAUGGCGUGCCGAUACCUGAGGCUCCUGCGCCUCCACCACAGCUGCUAGUGGCGGACGCGGGUACUGUCUCUCCCGGGCCGUCGGCCAGACCACGCCCCGCCAAUCGCCUGCGCGGGGGUCAGCGCCCCGUGGGUACCCAGCGCUCAGCACCGUCAGUCGAGCAGCCCCAGGUGGACUCUCCAAGCGAGUCAGCCACGCCUCCCCCUUCCAGCGACGGGGCCACGCCGGCUGCCUCCACCGCUGACCUGGCCAACCUCGUCGCGCAGCUCACUGCCUUAGUGACCAGUGCUACGAAAUUGAUUGAAGCCCUGUCGCAGCAACUCACCGCUGCAGUGCCGCUGGCCUCUCCGGCCCCGACCGCUGUCAACACUCACCAGCUGCACCAUGGGCAGCGUUAG